CUGCUGGCCGGCUCCUCGGCCCGCGCCGAUCCCGGCGACCCUCGCGUCGUCCAGCUGCCGGGCGACGUGACCUUCGGCGGCCUCUUCCCCAUGCACGAGCAGCGCAGCAAGGGCGGCCAGGCGUCCUGCGGCAAGAUCAAGGAGGAGAAGGGCAUCCAGCGCAUGGAGGCGAUGCUCUGGGCGGUGGACGAGAUCAACCGAGACGCCGACCUGCUCCCAGGAAUCAAUAUCGGCGUCCGCAUACUGGACACGUGCAGCAGCGGCACGUACGCGCUCGACCAGUCCAUGGAGUUUGUCAGGAGCAACAUGAACCAGGGCUCCGGCUCGUACUCAGUGUGCGAGACAAACGCCACGAAGCCGAAGCCAGUCUCCGGCGUCAUCGGAGCGGCGUUCAGCGGGGUCAGCAUCAACGUGGCCAAAAUCCUGCGGCUCUUCAAGAUCCCGCAGAUCAGCUAUGCGUCGACCAGCACCGAGCUGUCGGACAAGACCCGCUUCGAGUACUUCUCGCGCGUCGUGCCGCCCGACCUGCUGCAGGCGCAGGCCAUGGUGCACGUGGUGCGCGCGCUCGGCUGGGAGUACGUCAGCACGGUGGCCGUGGAGGGCGACUACGGCGAGAAGGGCAUAUCUUCGUUCACUCGACUUGCGGCCGAGGAGGGCAUCUGCGUGGCCGUGACGGAGAAGAUCGCCAGGAACUCGCGCGAGGUCGACUUCGACAGCACCAUCGCCCACCUGGCCACCCGUCCUAGCGCGCGCGGUGUCAUCAUGUUCGUCGACGAGGACAACAUCAGGAAGCUGCUGGCGGCGGCCGUGCGUGCCAACAUCACCGACCGCUUCCUCUGGGUGGCCAGUGACUCCUGGGGCGCCAAGGUACACCCCGUGAGGAACCAGGAGCACGUGGCCGAGGGCGCCAUCACCAUCCUGCCGCAGCGCACGACUGUCCCCGGGUUCGACGAGUACUUCAAGCUGCUGCGGCCUUGGGUGCGCCCCGGGGACUGCAGGUCCGGCAAGUCGCGCAAGCGCAACAUCAUGAACAACAACAUCAACAACAUCAACUGCCGCAACGUCUGGUUCCGCGAGUUCUGGAGCCAGCUUUUCAACUGCACCUUCGACAAGACGGACAGAGCUGGCAACAGGUGCAGCGGCCGCGAGGAACUCACCAAGUACAAGCAGGAGGGGCUCGUGCCGUUUGUAGUGGACGCCGUGUACGCGCUGGCCCACGCGCUGCACAACAUGAUCCUGGCGAAGUGCGGCUCGAUCCGCCUCUGCGACGAGCUGCGGCCGGUGCCAGCCGGCCAGGAGCUGCUCCAGUACAUCCGUAACGUUUCCUUCAUCGGUAAGCAGAAACGACAAGUUCGUUUCGACGAAAACGGUGACGCGACUGGCUUCUACAACAUCUACCAGUUCCAGAAGAGGGAUGGGAAGUACGAAUACUACCAAAUCGGUGAAUGGGUCGAAAGUCUGAACAACUUGAGCACGAGCAAGAUGAAGUGGCGCGGAGACACGAACACGACUCCCUCCUCCAUCUGCAGCACGCCGUGCCCUUUGGGCAAGAUCCGAAACUAUCAAGAUGCCUGCUGCUGGAGCUGCGUCAAGUGCCCGGAGGGCGACCGGAUCGACAACGACACGUGCGUCGAGUGUCCGAUGGGCUUCCUGCCGACCGAGGACUACCGCUCCUGCUACCGGCUGACGGCCGAGUACAUGGUCUGGAGCUCCGGCUGGGCCAUUGUGCCCGUCGUAUUCAGCAGCCUGGGCAUCGUCGUCACGCUGUGCACCAUCGCCGUGUUCCUGCGCUUCAACAACACGCCCGUCAUCAAGGCGUCCGGCCGCGAGCUGUGCUACGUCCUGCUCUGCGGCAUCGUCGUCUGCUACGCCAUGACGUUCAUCAUCCUGAUGAAGCCGACGGUGGUGUCCUGCACGCUGCUCCGCAUCGGACUCGGGCUCUGCCUCAACAUCUGCUACAGCGCUCUGCUCACCAAGACCAACAGAAUAUCUCGAAUUUUCAACAUGGGGAUGAAAAGCAUAAAACGGCCUUCGUACACCUCUCCACGCUCGCAGAUUGCCAUCUGCUUCGGUAUGGUGUCCAUUCAGCUGAUCGGCAUAAUCGUCUGGCUGAUCCUGGAGCGCCCGUCCACCAAGGAAGUGUACCCGAACCGUCGAACGGCCGUGCUGACCUGCGGCAUCAGCAGCCUCUCGCAGGUCGUCUCACUCGGCUACAACAUGGUCAUGAUCGUGCUCUGUACCUGGUACGCCUUCAAGACGCGCAAGAUCCCGGAGAACUUCAACGAGGCCAAGUACAUCGGCUUCACCAUGUACAGCACGUGUAUCGUGUGGCUGGCGUUUGUGCCCAUCUACUUUACAACGCACAACGAGUACAAGGUUCAGCUGGCCAGUCUCUGCAUCUGCGUCACCAUCAGCGCCACGGUGGCGCUGCUCUGCCUCUUCACGCCCAAGCUCUACAUCGUCAUCUUCCAGCCCUACAAGAACGUGCGGCAGACCGGCGCCUCCAAUCAGAACUCAGCCGGACGGACGGGCAACAUGCGGUUCGCGCGCACACGGCAGAUCCCGACGGCCACCUCUCAGCUGACGCAGCUCAACUCGGCACCGGUCUCCUCCAUCUCACUGAACGUGAAGGCUCUGGCGGCCGCCGACGCCCGCAGUCUGGACCGGAUGCUGGACCGUCUGGAGCUGAGCGAGUCGGUCCGCCGCAGCGCCAGCGCCUUCUUCAGCACCGCCGAGGAUAUCCAGAUCGUAAAGCAUGAGGAGAUCUGGAUCUGA